UCGUGCACCGUUUUUUGUUUUUAACAAAUUUUCGUCAUUUUGUUCAGUGUAAAUUUUACUAGUAGAUAUGAGUGUCGAUGCUUACGGGCCGAGCUCGCAAACGCUCACGUUUCUAGAUACCGAAGAAGCGGAUCUUAUCGGAGCAGACACUCAAGGCUCCGAAUUUGAGUUCACAGACUUCACGCUUCCCUCUCAAAGCCAAACACAGGCUUCUCAGCACGAUCAUGGACUGGCAACGUCCAAUCAGGUGAACGGGCUGGGUCGGUCAGAGCUAAGCGCGAAGAUCUCGAACGUAUCUAAUGCCAUCGCGGAGCUGCAAUUCGAGGAGGAAGAUGAGGCGCUCUAUAGUAGUAAAGAGUUGCCUGAACAUGCAUGCAAGUACUGCGGCAUCCAUGAUCCUGCCACUGUCGUCAUGUGUAAUAUAUGCAACAAGUGGUUCUGCAAUGGACGUGGCAACACCUCUGGUUCGCACAUCAUAAACCACCUUGUAAGAGCUAAGCAUAAGGAAGCAGCCUUGCACAGAGAUGGGCCGCUCGGCGAGACUUUGUUAGAGUGUUACUCAUGUGGCGCAAGAAAUGUGUUUGUGCUCGGAUUUAUCCCUGCGAAGGCUGACUCUGUUGUGGUGCUACUGUGUCGUCAACCAUGUGCAGCACAAAGCUCUCUUAAGGACAUGAACUGGGACCAAGAGCAGUGGAAGCCUUUGAUUUCUGACCGUGCUUUCUUGUCUUGGCUUGUGAAAGUUCCAUCUGAAGCUGAGCAGAUGCGCGCUCGACAGGUAACUCCCCAGCAAAUAGGACGCCUUGAGGAGUUGUGGCGCGAUAACGUAGAUGCUACCUUCCAAGAUUUGGAGAAACCUGGAGUGGAUGAAGAACCUCAUCAGGUUCUGCUAAGAUACGAAGAUGGCUACCAAUACCAAAAUAUAUUCGGGCCAUUGGUGAAACUGGAAGCGGAUUACGACAAGCGACUGAAGGAGUCGCAGACGCAAGAAGGCAUUGAGGUGCGGUGGGACGUGGGUCUCAACAAGAAGACCAUCGCGUACUUCACGCUCGCUAAGACUGACAGCGAUAUGAAACUAAUGCAUGGAGAUGAGCUGCGGUUAAGGUACGUGGGCGAGAUGCACAAGGCGUGGUCGGGCGUGGGGCACGUUAUCAAGGUGCCGGACAACUACGGUGACGACGUGGGGCUGGAGCUGAAGUCGGGCGCCGGCGCCCCGCUCGACGCCACGUCGAAUUUCGUCGUCGACUUCAUCUGGAAGAGCACCUCCUUCGAUCGGAUGCAGCUGGCGCUGCGCAAAUUCGCGGUGGACGAGUCGUCCGUGUCCGGGUACAUCUACCGGCGACUGCUGGGCCACGAGGUCGAGGAGGUGGUGUUCCGCGUCCACCUGCCGAAGCACUUCAGCGCGCCGCAGCUGCCCGACCUGAACCGCUCCCAAGUGUACGCCGUGAAGCACGCGCUGCAGCGGCCGCUGUCGCUGAUCCAGGGCCCGCCGGGCACGGGCAAGACCGUGACGUCGGCCACCAUCGUGUACCAGCUGGUGCGGCAGAACGGCGGGCCGGUGCUGGUGUGCGCGCCGUCGAACACCGCCGUGGACCAGCUGACGGAGAAGAUCCACCGCACGGGGCUGAAGGUGGUGCGGCUGUGCGCCAAGUCGCGCGAGGCCAUGGAGUCGUCGGUGUCGUUCCUGGCGCUGCACGAGCAGGCGCGCGCGCUGGGCUCGGGCGACGGCGAGCUGCGCAAGCUCACGCGCCUCAAGGAGGAGGCGGGCGAGCUGUCGGCGGCCGACGAGCGCCGCUACCGCGCGCUGCGCCGCGCCGCCGAGCGCCGCCUGCUGGACGCCGCCGACGUGGUGUGCGCCACCUGCGUGGGCGCCGGCGACCCGCGCGUGGCGCGCAUGCGCUUCCAGUCCAUCCUCAUCGACGAGGGCAUGCAGUCCACCGAGCCCGAGUGCAUGGUGCCCGUGGUGCUGGGCGCGCGCCAGCUCAUCCUCGUGGGCGACCACUGCCAGCUGGGGCCCGUGGUCAUGUGCAAGAAGGCCGCCAAGGCGGGGCUCAGCCAGAGCCUCUUCGAGCGCCUCGUGGUGCUCGGCAUCCGCCCCUUCCGCCUCGAGGUGCAGUACCGCAUGCACCCCGAGCUGUCGCGCUUCCCCUCCGACUUCUUCUACGAGGGCUCGCUGCAGAACGGCGUCAGCGCCGAGGAACGCCGCCUGCACAAGAUCGACUUCCCCUGGCCGCGCCCCGACCGGCCCAUGUUCUUCUACGUGACGCAGGGCCAGGAGGAGAUCGCCGGCUCGGGCACCUCCUACCUGAACCGCACCGAGGCUGCGAACGUGGAAAAGCUGACCACGCGCUUCCUCAAGGCGGGCGUGCGGCCCGAGCAGAUCGGCAUCAUCACGCCCUACGAGGGCCAGCGCUCGUAUCUGGUGCAGCACAUGCAGUACCAGGGCAGCCUGCACGCUAAGCUCUACCAGGAGAUCGAGGUGGCCAGCGUGGACGCGUUCCAGGGCCGCGAGAAGGACAUCAUCAUCAUGUCGUGCGUGCGCUCCAACGAACACCAGGGCAUCGGCUUCCUGAGCGACCCGCGGCGGCUCAACGUGGCGCUGACCCGCGCCAAGUACGGCCUGAUCGUGGUGGGCAACCCGAAGGUGCUGAGCAAACAGCCGCUGUGGAACCACCUGCUGGCGUUCUACAAGGAGCGGCGCGUGCUGACCGAGGGUCCGCUGUCCAACCUGAAGGAGUCGGCCAUCCAGUUCGCGAAGCCCAAGAAGCUGGUGAACGCGCAGAACCCCGGCUCGCACUUCAUGUCGACGUCGAUGUUCGACGCGCGCGAGGCGCUGGUGCCGGGCUCGGUGUACUCGCGCGCGCGGCCGCCGCGGGACCCGCUGGCCUACGUGGGCCCCGAGCGCGCGGCGCUGCUGCACGCCGCCGUGCCGCCGCAGGCCUUCCGCGCCGCCAGGCCCGGCCUGGCGCGCCGCCGCCCGCCGCGCCUGUCGCAGGAGCCGCUGUCGCAGCAGCCGCCGCUGUCGCUGUCGCAGGGCGCGUCUCAGCCCGACUUCAGCCAGGAGUCGGCGGCGCCCGACUGCCCGUCGCAGCCCGACGGGCUGCUGUCGCAGGACUCCACGUACCAGGGCGGCUUCCGCGCGCGCCACGCGCACUACUGAGCUGCGCGGCACAGCGGACGACUCGCACGACCCGGGCCCGGGGGGCUCCACAGGGAUACUCGACAUUGCCGACCCGCGCGACGCGGCCGAGGCGCUCCUCAAAAUUUGCUCGUUCGAUGAUCUAUCGUUCCACGUAACCGACGUCCCGAUACCCACGUCGUAUCGUCGAAUCGCCGGGCGGCACGCGAAGUGCCGCCGACGGGGCCGUCUUCUACACCUUUCUUUUCAUUCGUUUUAAAUCAAAUUAUACAGUACGCCAGUUAGUAGUAUUUCGUUCGUUAGACGAUGCGUUACGGUUCACGCUCAUCGUAGGGAGGUUCGCGGUUUCUCUUCGCUGUCGAUACUUUCGACGGUAGAACAGUGUCAGAUAUAUCCUCCCGGAUAUUUUUCACAGAAGAUCUAUACGAAACCUCGUCGACAGAUAUAAAAGUAACUGCCGGUUAACAUGUUUCUGCGUAACGUACACUCUAACAACGAUAAUAGGAAAUCUUGUAGCCUCAACAAAAAGUCCUCUGUGAAAAAAGUCUGAGAAGAGCUCAAUAUCGCGGCAACUUGAUUGUUUUUCCUUCUCAGUAAUGAACUGUUGAUCAUCGAUGCACUGAAAUGUACUCUAACAAUUAUACCUUCCGAGUAACCAUCAACCAUCUCAAAUAUCUAAAAUCAACUAACUUUCAUGUAUUUCGUGAACACGACAAGGGUCCUUAUUUUUAUGUAUUACCUAUGGAUAAUGAAAUUAUGCCUGUAUUUAGUUUUCACCUUUUAUAUUUAAAUUGUCCAGUUUUACUGUCAUUGUUUUUGUAAAUUUUUCGUUAUAUCAUUUUACACUUUGUUUUGUGAA